AUGCGCGUAAUCCACGGUCCCGGAGGUGCUCUGCCAGCUAUCCCAGAUGACUUGACCAUCCCGCAGUUCAUGCUAGAUGCCGACCACCCAAGCAGACCAAAGACAGACAGGAAUCGGCCAUGGAUGAUCGAAGAGACCACAGGCAGGGAGGUGGUGAAAGCAGAGCUGCACUCGCGCACCGACAGUCUCGCAAAUGCGCUCAAAAUCCGCUGGAACAUCGGAGAGGAUGAUGUUGCCUGUCUGUUUAGCUCGAACCACGUCGACUACCCAGUGAUAGUCUGGGCCGUUCACCGACUGGGAGCUAUCGUCAGCACUGCCAACCCCUCCUACACGCACGACGAGCUCGUGCACCAGCUCAAGACCACCGGCACCAAGAUCAUCUUCGCGCACUCAUCCGGUCUCGCAGUCGCAGAGGCAGCCGCGCGCACAGUCGGGCUCAAGCCGGAGCGCAUCGUCCUAGUCGACACCGUAGCCAGCGGGAAGGCCCCAUAUGCAAAUGUUUCGGGGCUUAUCCAGGAGGGGUCGAAGAAGCCCAAGAGCUACACGGAGCGAAAGCUCAGGCCAGGUGAGGGCAAGACGAAAAUUGCGUUCUUGAACUUCUCCAGCGGGACCACGGGGCUUCCGAAGGCCGUCAUGAUCCCGCACUACGCGUUGAUAGCCAACAUCAUCCAGUGUACUGUGUAUGCCGAGGGAGACACUAAGCCCGUGGAGAGCAAGACUUUCAUACCCGGCCGCAGAAUCUACGCAGCGCUUCCCCUCUUUCACGCAUAUGGCUUGGCCUUCAUCAUGCACUUCGGUUUCUUCCUCGGGAUGCCCUUGGUGGUCUCCCAGAAAUUCGUCUUCGCCGACAUGCUCAAGAGCAUCGAGCGUUACCGCAUCACCACCCUCCCCUGCGUGCCUCCCAUGGGUGUGCUCUUCCACCCCGAUGUGAAGAAGUACGACCUCAGCUCGAUCAAGUCCUUCAUGAUCGGCGCCGCGCCCGUCUCGCCCGAGCUCCAAGCAGCACUCGCGAGCGUCUUCCCGCAGGCCACCAUCGGCCAGGGCUUCGGCAUGACGGAGACCUUCACGAUCGUGGCGCUGCAGCGGCACGAUCAGAAGGUCGGCACGCUGGGCAGCGCGGGCGUCCUCCUCCCUGGCGUCACCGCACGCGUCGUCCGCCCGGACGGCACGGAUUGUGCGCCGGACGAGCCGGGGCAGUUCGUCGUGAAGAUGCCCUCUCUGGCGCUGGGGUACCUGAACAACGAGCAGGCGAAUAAGGAGACAUUCGUGGACGGGUGGCUGAACACCGGCGACGAGGUGAUCAUCAACGACCAGGCCGAGCUGUUCGUCAUCGACCGCAUCAAGGAGCUCCUGAAAGUGCGGGGCUUCCAGGUUGCUCCCGCGGAACUGGAGGGCUUCAUCCUCGACCAUCCGGACGUUGCGGACGUCUGCGUUGUCAGUCUGCUCGACGACUUUAACGGCGACCUCCCCCUUGCAUUCGUCGUGCCGAACGCGAGCGCCAAGGAGCGCAUGAGCAAGGACCCCGCUGAGGCUGAAAAGAUCAAGGCGGCGAUCAUCAAGUACGUCGCGGAUGGCAAGGUCUCUUACAAGCAGCUUACCGCCGGCGUCGAGUUCAUCGACGCGAUCCCGAGGAACCCUAGCGGGAAGCUGCUCAGGCGGUUCCUGCGCGACAAGGCAAGGAGCGCGCAGAAGAACAAGGGCGUCAAGGCGAAGCUUUGA